CUCAGCCCGCGGCGCUCCCGGGGGGGCGGGAAGGGGAGCGCUGUCCGGGGCCGCGCCGAGGGGAGGAGGCUCCCGCGCUCGCUGCCGGCCUCUGCCCGCCGUCCAGCGGAGCGGCCCCUCAGCUCGCAGUUUUGCAUCCUUGAAUGUCCCUCUACUUCUUGAAAAUGAAGACAAUGAUUGCAUGCUACUUUCUGCUGUUUGGGCACGUUCUACUUUCCACUGUUGCUGUCAUGGCAAAAGAUCUCCCUGGAGGAUAUUUUACCCGAAAAAGGGAUGUUAACUCUCAAUCUCUACUGGAAAAUACUUGCAACAACAAACGUCUGGACCUUGUCUUCAUCAUUGAUAGCUCUCGCAGUGUACGUCCGUAUGACUUUGAAAAAGUGAAAGAGUUCAUUUUAACAAUCUUGCAGUUCCUGGACAUCAGUCCUGAUGCCACUCGAGUAGGCCUGAUUCAGUAUGGCAGCACUGUCAAACAUGAGUUCUCACUGAAGACGUUCAGAAGGAAACAGGAGAUUGAGAGAGCAGUGAGGAGAAUGAUGCACCUGGCGACCGGCACCAUGACCGGACUGGCUAUCCAGUAUGCUGUGAACAUUGCGUUUUCAGAGUCAGAAGGGGCUCGACCUUUGAACCAAAAUGUGCCUCGCAUUAUCAUGAUAGUGACAGAUGGGAGACCACAGGAUCCGGUGGCAGAAAUUGCUGCUAAAGCUCGCAACUCUGGAAUUCUGAUUUUCGCCAUUGGAGUGGGAAGAGUGGAUAUGAACACACUCAAGUCCAUUGGGAGUGAGCCACACGAAGAGCACAUCUUUCUAGUUGCCAAUUUCAGUCAGAUUGAAACGCUGACCUCCGUCUUCCAGACUAAACUUUGUGUGCCCCAUAUGUGCAGUAUAGCUGAGCAUCGCUGUGAUCAUUUCUGCAUAAAUACCCCAGGCUCCUACGUAUGCAGAUGUAAACAAGGUUACAUCCUGAACGCUGACCAGAAGACUUGCAGCACUCAAGACCUUUGUGCUGUGGAGAAGCAUAACUGUGAGCAGAUUUGUGUGAACACACCUGGGUCUUAUGUCUGUCAGUGUUAUGAAGGGUAUGAGCUUGAUGCAGAUGGAAAGAAUUGUGUUGUUGUAGACUACUGUGCUGUGGAUAAUCAAGGUUGCCAACAUGAAUGUGUUAACACAGAGGACUCUUAUUACUGUAGAUGCCACCCAGGGUUCAUUUUAAAUCCAGACAAAAGAACUUGCAGAAGACCAAACUACUGUGCUCUUCAGGACCAUGGCUGUGAACAGGAAUGUGUUAAUACAGAUGAUUCCUAUUUCUGUCGAUGCCAAGAAGGGUUUAGACUUAAUCCAGAUAAGAAAACAUGCAAAAGAGUGGACCACUGUGCAGAAAGCAAUCACGGUUGUGAGCAACUGUGCCUAAAUACUGAUGACUCCUAUGUCUGUCAGUGCUCUGAAGGAUUUGUCAUCAAUGAGGACCUACGAACCUGCACACGAGUUGACUAUUGUGCUCUGAGUGAUCAUGGCUGUGAACAUUUGUGUAUAAACGGUGACAAAUCUUACACUUGUCAGUGUUUCGAAGGAUACAGGCUUCGGAAUGAUGGGAAAACAUGUAAACGUAAAAAUGUCUGCAAAUCAGUCAGCCAUGGCUGUGAGCAUGUUUGUGUUAGUACUGACAAUUCUUACGUCUGCAAGUGCCGUGAAGGAUUCAUAUUGAGAGAUGAUGGGAAAACAUGCAGAAGACAGGACAUCUGCAAAUCAAUCAGCCAUGGCUGUGAGCAUAUUUGUGUUAACAAAGAUGACUCUUAUGCUUGUGAGUGUCAUGAAGGUUUCCUAUUGAGAGAAGAUGGGAAAACAUGCAGAAAUAAAGACAUUUGCAGUUCAGUUGACCAUGGCUGUGAACAUGUUUGUGUUAAUGCUGAUGAGUCGUAUGUCUGCCAGUGCUACGAGGGAUUUGCAUUAAGACAAGAUGGAAAAACAUGUAGAAAUAAAGACGUUUGCAAUUCUGUUGACCACGGCUGUGAGCAUGUUUGUGUGAACACUGAUAAUUCAUACAUUUGCCAGUGUUAUGAGGGUUUUGUAUUGAGGGAAGAUGAGAAAACAUGUAAAAGUAAGGAUAUCUGCAAAUCAGUCAAUCAUGGCUGUGAACAUCUUUGUGUUAAUACUGAUGACUCAUAUACUUGCCAAUGCCAUGACGGAUUUGUACUGAGGCAAGAUGGGAAAACAUGCCGAAGCAAGGAUAUUUGCAAAUCAGUCAACCAUGGCUGUGAACAUGCUUGUGUUAAUGCUGGUGAUGAAUUUGUUUGUAAGUGUCGGGAGGGAUUCCUGCUAAGAGAAGAUGGAAAAACAUGCAGAAAUAAAGAUCUUUGCAGGUCAGUCAACCACGGCUGUGAACAUGUUUGUGUUAAUACUGAUGAUUCGUAUAUUUGCAAAUGCCAUGAUGGAUUUCUACUGAGAGAAGAUGGGAAAACCUGCAAAAACAAGGAUAUUUGCAGUUCAGUCAACCAUGGCUGUGAACAAGUUUGUGUGAAUUCAGAAGAAUCCUACAUGUGCAAGUGUCAUGAAAAUUUCAUACUGAAGGAAGAUGGAAAGACAUGUAAAUAUAAAGAUGUUUGCAAGUCAGUUAACCAUGGCUGUGAGCAUAUUUGUGUUAACACUGACGAUUCCUAUAUUUGCAAGUGUCAUGAUGACUUCAUACUGAGGGAAGAUGGGAAAACUUGUAGAAGUAAAAAUAUCUGCAAAACAGUCAACCAUGGUUGUGAACACGUCUGUGUUCCAGCUGGUGAUUCAUACACUUGUCAGUGCCACAAUGGAUUUAUACUGAGGAGAGACAGGAAAACAUGCAGGAAUAAAGACCUGUGUAAGUCCAUUGACCAUGGCUGUGAACAUGUGUGCAUUAAUAAUAACAAUUCAUACAGCUGUCAGUGCCAUGAGGGAUUUGUCCUGCGACAAGAUGGAAAAACAUGUCGAAGCAAAGAUGUCUGUAAAUCAGUUGCCCAUGGUUGUGACCAUAUUUGUGUUAAUAAUGAUGAUUCAUACGUCUGCAAAUGUCAGGAGGGGUAUGUACUAAAAGAGGAUCAGAAAACCUGCAGAAGAUGCACUGAAGGCCCAGUUGAUCUGGUGUUUGUGAUUGAUGGAUCAAAAAGUCUCGGAGAGGAUAAUUUUGAAAUUGUAAAACAAUUCGUCUCAGGAAUAUUAGAUACACUUGAGAUUUCACCCAAAGCUGCUCGAGUUGGUUUGCUUCAGUAUUCCUCUGAAGUCCGCACAGAGUUUACAUUAAGACAGUUUAGCACAGCCAAAGACAUGAAGAAAGCUGUAUCACAAAUGAAAUAUAUGGGGCGAGGCUCCAUGACAGGACUGGCUCUGAAGCAAAUGUUUGAGAGAAGCUUCACAGAAACAGAAGGAGCCAGACCACUGUCAGCAAACAUCCCCCGAAUCUCCAUUGUGUUUACAGACGGACGAGCCCAAGAUGAAGUCUCUGACUGGGCUGCUAGAGCAAAGAGAAGUGGUAUAAUUAUCUAUGCCAUUGGAAUAGGAAAAGCAAUUGAAGAGGAACUGUUGGAAAUUGCUUCUGAGCCAUCAUAUAAACAUCUCUUUUAUGCUGAGGAUUUCACAGCAAUGGAGGACAUAAGCGAAGAGCUGAAAGUUCAGAUCUGUGAAGCCUUGAGAAAUUCAGCUCACCGGCAAGAUCUGUCAUCUGGAAGGCUCCAUAGGACUAAUCCACAGUCAUCAGGACCUGAAUCAACCACAGUAGAAAUCACAGAUGUCCUUGCCUGUCCCAGUCUUGCAAUACAGCAUAAGUAUCUUUUUGAAGACAGUCACACUCACUCAACAAGAACAACAGCAAAAACUUCAAAAGACCAAUGCAAAUGUGAAAACCUUGUGACGUUCCAGAACUUCGCAACCAACGAAGUAAGACGACUCACGCAGCGAUUGGAAGAAAUGACAAAGAGGAUGGAAGACUUGGAAAACAGACUAAAAUACUGAUCAGAAUUUAAAGCUUAUACUACACUGUGUAUUUAUACAUACAAUGUUGUGAGAGCUAUUUUGUUACACCAGUUCAAAGUAAAAUAACAAAUCCUUGUCUAAAGUUAAAAAGUAUUUUGGAGCCCUGCAUCUAUACGUGUUCUGUCUUGCAUUGACUGCAGAUAAGUUUUGAAAGUUUAUAUAUAAAAACAAUUUAGCAACUAGCAGAAAUCCUCAUUAAGUAGAACUUAACCAAAAGAAGCUAUGCAAAACAUUAAAAUGCUGUUAUUUUUUCAUGUGAAAACUCCAUGUUUUGAAGUAUUUUUAAGCUGUGAAUUUAUUUGGCUUGCUUUUCUGUACUUUCCUCCUCCACUCACUCGUUGCUAUUUCAAGCAUUCUAUCUGUGUGACUGUGUAUGUAUACACACACAUAUGUGAAAACAGAACUGCAUUCACAGCAGUUAGGUUCCAUACAAUCUUUCCAACACGUGCAGACUGCAGAAAUCAGUUGGAAGUAGAAAUACACAUUUAUACACCUUUGUUGAAUGGUGAUGAAUGUAAAUGAAGUGGGAAAUCUGUUGAGUUACCAGAGCAUCACAGCUGGAAAUUCCAAGUACUGUUUCUCUUGCCAGAUUCAGACACGAUGAUGUUUCCCUCUUUGGUCUUGGUGAGCAUUCAGCAGUUCUUGAACUUCCCAGAAUACAACUGGCAUUUUAAUAUGAAGACAUUCUUUGGGCAAUAAAACCAGCUGCACAUUUGUUCAUCAAAUGCUAAUAUGAAAAUGAAACAGCAAGUUGCUUCCAGCCAUUCUGGAAGUACCUUAAGGCCAACUAAAGUUUUACUUCUGCCCUCGUAACAGCAAAAGCCCUCUUCUUAUAGCUUUAUUUUCCAUGCCCACAACAGUACCUGAACUGUACUGAACUGAUCCAAAUUCGGACCUCAGUAGAUGCAUACUCCAGCUAUUCCUUCUUUGCUUCACGUGUGUUUGCUUCUUUACUGUCUCCAACUUGAAAUAUACAACCACAUCCAUUCCAUAUCAGAAACGUAGUUGCAGCAAAAUUAGGUUUAAGUGAUUAUGGAUCUGAUGAUCAUGCAUGUGUACAAAGAAGCACCUUGUAUUUUAAUACACUUCAGAAAGCAGAAUGCAAGUUCUUCAGGGCUGCUUGUUCAAAUGAUUGUCAUUAAGCAUCCCUUUAACCACGUCAGCAAAAUGCAAUAUGCCAUGUAGUGUACACUAGCACUAACAAAUAUCCUCAAAUUGUGGUAAAAAAAAAAAAGACAGAAAUCCAGCAGAUAGCACCAUCCUCCUCAACAGUGACUUGAGAACAUCACCUCAAUCACACUCUAUCACAGCACAUUCAGAAAGUUGUUUGUUUUUUUUAAAAAAAAAAAAAAAGGUACUGACUUCAGGCCAGUUUGGAGAUGUUCAAUUUGGUGUCUUACUGAAAGUGUAAUGUUGUACAUCACGUCUAGCAGUUAGUUGGUUUGCACCUGACACACAUAUUCUCUUGGAAAGAAGAGACAAGAAGAGUAAUUUGCAUUAAGAGCUUGUGACUAAGUUUAAAAAAAAAAAGUGUUAAAAAAUUAAGUGUAAGUAAAUCCUGUGGAGUCUCCCACCAACAUCCCAAAUUUGCCACUACCUCAUUACAACUUGUUUUCCUAUGAGCACUCAAAAGAAA